GUACGGACGUAUUAAGUGUGACACACGCGAGCAGAGCCAUGUGCAGGACGUCGUGCGGAGUCUUCAGUGAAGUAGUCGUCGGAAAGUGUUUGCUGUCAGAAUGAAUGUAGUUUGUUUCUGCAGCAGAAAAACACUUUAAACCACAUUUAACGUGACUUUGUUCACCUGGCUGCUCGACGCGCGGCUGAACUAUGGGGAAAGCGAAGACCAAGAACCAGAAGAAAUCCCGAGCAACCGCCAACCAUGUGGCCGAGCACACCUACGGAGCCGUCCCCCACUCCUUCGUGUUUCACCGGGGCCAGGUGGGGAAGAACGUGGGUCAGCUCAUCCUGGACGUGCGGAGGGUCAUGGAGCCCUACACCGCCGAGUCGCUGAAGGUUAAGAAAAAGAACGUGCUGAAAGACUUUGUGUCCAUCGCAGGACCACUCGGGGUGACGCACUUCAUGAUCUUCAGCAAGACCCCCAGCAGCGUCAACAUGAGACUUGCACGACUUCCCAAAGGUCCCACGCUUCAUUUCAGAGUGCUCAAGUACUCUCUUAUCAAAGAUGUGGUUUCAUCUCUGAAGAAGCACAGGAUGCACGAUCAGCAGUUCACACACCAUCCUCUACUCAUCCUCAAUAACUUUGGAACAGACGGCAUGCACAUCAAACUCAUGGCCACCAUGUUCCAGAACAUGUUUCCUUCCAUUAACGUGCACAAGGUCAGCCUCAACAACAUCAAGAGAUGUGUGAUGGUGAAUUACAACCCAGAGUCUCAGCAAAUAGAAUUUCGACACUACAGCCUGAAGGUCGUCCCCGUCGGCAUGAGCCGAGGAGUCAAGAAGCUGAUGCAGGAGAGGUUCCCCAACAUGGGCAAGUUUGAGGACAUUAGUGAGCUGCUGAUGAAGGGAGCGAACCUUUCAGAAAGUGAAGCCGAACAAGACGGGGAGCACAACAUUACUGAACUGCCACAGGUCUACUCUGGAAGAGGCAACAUGGCAUCCCAACAGAGUGCUGUGCGUUUGACUGAGAUCGGUCCUCGCAUGACUCUGCAGCUGACGAAGAUCCAAGAAGGGAUGGGAGAGGGGAAUGUGAUGUAUCACUCCAUAAUCUCCAAGACAGAGGAGGAAAUACAGGAGAUCCUGGACAGGAAGGAAGCCCAGCUAAAGGAGAAGGAGGGUCGGAGGAAAAAGCAGUCGCAGAAUGUUGCUCAGAAAAAGGAGAAACAAGAAGAGAACAAGAAAAAGAGCCUGGCGGGCAUCAAAAGGAAACACGCUGAAACCGAAGAAGACGGUGAGGUGGAGGAUCCUGGGAGGCAGGAUGAUCGGCCAGCUGCUGUCGAAUCUGAUGACGAGGUGGAGUACUACAGACAGGCUGUAGGAGAGGAGCCAGAUGAAGACAUGUUCCCUGCCAAGAAGAGGCGGGACCCAGAAAGGUCACAUGGACCUGCUAAUAGGAGGAAGCCGCCCUUUGGUAAAUCACAGAGAAGAGACGGAGAUGUCAAAUCUCCAAAGAGAAAUGGUCCUGGAGGACAGAACAGAGACAGAACGGGAAAAGGACUGAAGAAGUUUGGGGACAGGGAGAAAGCAUUUGGAAAGAAAAUGAAGCCUGGAGGAAAGGCGUUUGGGUCCAAGAAAUACGGUGAUAGAGAAGAUAAAUUUGGUGGGAAGAAAAAAUUUGAUGGAAACAAAAAAACAUUUGGUGGGAAGAAAAAUAAGGACAACCAAUUCAAACCUAAAGGCAAGCCCGGCUUCAAGAAGAAGGGUGCAGGAGCGAAGCAAGGAUUCAAACAGAGGAAGGGGAAAGGUUGAACCCUCCCUUCUUCCUGGACUCGGACAUUGAAUGCGUUAUCACGCUGAAGCACCAGGUGGCAGCAAGAAAUCCACUCGCCAUCACUGCCUGUGAAGGGCCUUGGCCAUGAGUGAUGGUUGGUGGGACUGUUUAUUGCUGAAAAUCAGCAGAGGCACAGUAGUGAUAAAGAAAGUGAUAUAUUUUCCACACUGUCUGAAUUAAUAUUGAAAAUGUACUUGUUCAAUAAAUUGUGUUUAAAAAAAAAAAAAAAAAAAAAA